GCGAGCGGAGGAUCACUCGGGGAAAUAGCUGUACAGUCCUGCCUGGAGCACCAGGCGCACAGCACAGUCGCGCUCACUCCCACCGGCGCGCACUCUCCCGCGGUCCCUCGCCGGGUCCCCGGGCCCUGAAAGCCACCGGCUCACUCGCCAACCCCGGAGCCCGUGCACCACGCGCGCCGCGCCCGCCCCCCUUGCGCUCCCCACGCGCUCCCGGCUGAGGGGGAAAAGCUCCUCCGCGUGCCCGCAAGGGGCUAUGCCAUUUGGACAUGUAAUUGUCAGCGCCGGAUCUGAGACUUGCCCAAAAUGAAGCUGGCGACGGGACUGUGGGUCUGGGGGAGCCUUCUGGUGGCAACGGGGACCGUCCAGCCCAGCGCUUCGCAGUCAGUGUGCGCAGGAACAGAGAAUAAACUGAGCUCUCUCUCUGACCUGGAACAGCAGUACCGAGCCUUGCGCAAAUAUUAUGAAAACUGUGAGGUAGUCAUGGGCAACCUGGAGAUCACCAGCAUCGAGCACAACCGGGACCUCUCCUUCCUGCGGUCUAUCCGAGAAGUCACAGGCUACGUCCUGGUGGCCCUGAACCAGUUUCGGUAUCUUCCUCUGGAGAAUUUACGCAUAAUUCGCGGAACAAAGCUGUAUGAAGAUCGCUACGCCUUAGCCAUAUUCCUAAACUACAGAAAAGAUGGCAACUUUGGACUUCAAGAACUUGGAUUGAAGAACCUGACUGAAAUUCUAAAUGGUGGAGUCUAUGUAGACCAGAACAAAUUCCUGUGUUAUGCUGACACCAUACACUGGCAAGAUAUUGUUCGGAAUCCAUGGCCUUCCAACAUGACUUUGGUGUCAACAAAUGGAAGCUCCGGAUGUGGAAGAUGCCAUAAAUCCUGCACUGGACGAUGCUGGGGACCCACAGAAACUCACUGCCAGACCUUGACCAGGACUGUGUGUGCUGAACAAUGUGAUGGCAGGUGCUAUGGACCCUACGUCAGUGACUGCUGCCAUCGGGAAUGUGCUGGCGGCUGCUCAGGACCAAAGGACACUGACUGCUUUGCCUGCAUGAACUUCAAUGACAGUGGAGCCUGUGUUACUCAGUGCCCCCAAACAUUUGUCUACAAUCCCACCACUUUUCAACUGGAGCACAAUUUCAAUGCAAAGUACACAUAUGGAGCAUUCUGUGUCAAGAAAUGCCCACAUAACUUCGUGGUAGAUUCCAGUUCCUGUGUGCGUGCGUGUCCUAGUUCCAAGAUGGAAGUAGAAGAAAAUGGGAUUAAAAUGUGCAAACCUUGCACUGAUAUUUGCCCCAAAGCGUGUGACGGCAUCGGCACAGGAUCAUUGAUGUCAGCUCAGACCGUGGAUUCCAGCAACAUUGACAAAUUCAUCAACUGCACGAAGAUCAAUGGAAACCUCAUCUUCCUUGUCACGGGGAUUCACGGGGACCCUUACAAUGCAAUUGAAGCCAUAGACCCAGAAAAACUGAAUGUCUUUCGGACAGUCAGGGAAAUAACAGGUUUCCUGAACAUACAAUCUUGGCCUCCAAAUAUGACAGAUUUCAGUGUCUUCUCCAACCUUGUCACCAUUGGAGGGAGAGUCCUCUACAGCGGACUCUCAUUGCUCAUCCUCAAACAACAAGGCAUCACUUCCCUACAAUUCCAGUCUCUGAAGGAAAUCAGCGCGGGCAACAUCUACAUUACCGACAACAGCAACCUGUGUUAUUAUCACACCAUUAACUGGACAACACUCUUCAGCACCAUUAACCAGAGAAUAGUGAUCCGAGACAACAGAAGAGCAGAAAACUGUACUGCUGAAGGGAUGGUGUGCAAUCACCUGUGUUCGAAUGAUGGCUGCUGGGGACCUGGGCCAGACCAGUGCCUAUCAUGUCGGCGUUUCAGCAGGGGAAAAAUCUGCAUAGAGUCUUGUAAUCUCUAUGAUGGGGAAUUCCGAGAGUUUGAAAAUGGUUCCAUCUGUGUUGAGUGUGACUCCCAGUGUGAGAAGAUGGAAGAUGGACUACUCACGUGUCAUGGACCGGGACCAGACAAUUGCACAAAAUGUUCUCAUUUUAAGGAUGGUCCAAACUGUGUGGAGAAGUGUCCCGAUGGCCUACAGGGAGCUCACAGUUUCAUCUUCAAGUAUGCAGAUCAGGAUCGGGAAUGCCACCCAUGCCAUCCCAACUGUACCCAAGGGUGCAUAGGCUCAAGUAUUGAAGAUUGCAUCGGCCUGAUGGAUAGAACUCCACUGAUAGCAGCCGGAGUCAUUGGCGGGCUCUUCAUCCUGGUCAUCAUGGCUCUGACAUUUGCAGUUUACGUCAGAAGAAAAAGCAUCAAAAAGAAACGAGCUUUGAGGAGAUUUCUGGAGACAGAGUUGGUAGAGCCCUUAACCCCCAGUGGCACCGCACCCAAUCAAGCUCAACUGCGCAUUUUGAAGGAAACAGAACUAAAGAGAAUAAAAGUCCUUGGCUCAGGAGCUUUUGGAACUGUUUAUAAGGGUAUUUGGGUGCCUGAAGGUGAAACAGUGAAAAUCCCCGUGGCCAUUAAGAUCCUCAAUGAGACAACUGGUCCGAAAGCCAAUGUGGAGUUCAUGGAUGAAGCCCUGAUCAUGGCAAGCAUGGACCACCCACACCUAGUUCGCCUACUGGGCGUGUGCCUGAGCCCCACGAUCCAGCUGGUUACCCAGCUGAUGCCCCAUGGCUGCCUGCUGGACUAUGUCCAUGAACACAAGGAUAACAUAGGAUCACAGCUGUUGUUGAACUGGUGUGUCCAGAUUGCUAAGGGAAUGAUGUACCUGGAAGAAAGACGGCUUGUUCAUCGGGAUCUGGCAGCCCGUAAUGUCUUAGUAAAAUCCCCAAAUCAUGUGAAAAUCACAGACUUCGGACUAGCCCGACUCCUGGAAGGAGAUGAAAAGGAAUACAAUGCUGAUGGUGGCAAGAUGCCAAUUAAAUGGAUGGCUCUGGAAUGUAUACAUUAUAGGAAAUUCACCCAUCAAAGUGAUGUUUGGAGCUAUGGUGUCACAAUAUGGGAACUGAUGACCUUUGGAGGAAAACCUUAUGAUGGAAUUCCAACCCGAGAAAUUCCAGAUUUAUUAGAAAAAGGAGAGCGUUUGCCUCAACCGCCCAUCUGCACAAUUGACGUUUACAUGGUCAUGGUCAAAUGUUGGAUGAUUGAUGCCGACAGCAGGCCUAAAUUCAAGGAACUGGCUGCUGAGUUUUCAAGGAUGGCUAGAGACCCUCAAAGAUACCUAGUUAUUCAGGGUGAUGAUCGUAUGAAGCUUCCCAGUCCAAAUGACAGCAAAUUCUUCCAGAAUCUCUUGGAUGAAGAAGAUUUGGAAGACAUGAUGGAUGCUGAGGAAUACUUGGUACCCCAGGCUUUCAACAUCCCUCCUCCCAUCUACACAUCCAGAGCAAGAAUUGAUUCCAAUAGGAACCAGUUUGUGUACCAGGAUGGGGGCUUUGUAACACAACAAGGAAUAGCCAUGCCCUAUAGAGCCACAACCAACACGAUACCAGAAGCUCCAGUCGCUCAGGGAGCAACAGCCGAGAUGUUUGAUGAUUCCUGCUGUAAUGGUACCCUACGCAAGCCAGUGGCACCCCAUGUCCAAGAGGACAGCAGCACACAGAGGUAUAGUGCUGACCCCACAGUGUUUGCCCCAGAACGGAACCCACGAGGAGAACUGGAUGAAGAAGGCUACAUGACUCCCAUGCGUGACAAGCCCAAACCAGAAUAUCUGAAUCCUGUGGAAGAAAACCCUUUUGUGUCACGGAGAAAAAAUGGAGACCUUCAAGCUUUAGAUAACCCGGAAUAUCACAGCGCUUCCAGCAGCCUGCCCAAGGCUGAGGAUGAGUAUGUGAAUGAGCCACUCUAUCUCAACACUUUCGCCAACGCCUUGGGGAACGCAGAGUACCUGAAGAACAGCGUACUGUCUGUGCCCGAGAAAGCCAAGAAAGCAUUCGAUAACCCCGACUACUGGAACCACAGCCUGCCACCCCGGAGCACGCUUCAGCACCCAGACUACCUGCAGGAAUACAGCACAAAAUAUUUUUAUAAACAGAACGGACGGAUCCGCCCUAUUGUGGCAGAGAAUCCUGAGUACCUCUCUGAGUUCUCGCUGAAGCCAGGCACUAUGCUGCCCCCUCCACCCUACAGACACCGAAAUACUGUGGUGUGAGCUCAGCUGGGGUCUUCGGAGGAGAGAAAAGCCCACUCCAUCCCCCUUCCUGCCCCCCCCCACAUCCUCCUCUUUCUCUGGUGGUCUUCCUUCUCCCAAGGCCAGUAGUUUUGACACUUCCUAAUGGAAAAUAUAGAGACGCAAUGAUAGUUCUAUGCUUACCUAACUUGAACAUUAGAAGGAAAGACUGAAGGAGAAAGAGAGGAAGACACACACUGUUUCUUCGUUUCUUCAUAUGGAUUGGUCAGCAAAGUGUCAGAGCUAGAGAAAGCCUAGGAUAUAUAGGGUUAUACUGCCUGCUAAGAGUCCCAGCUUCAUUCCCUUUGCACUCUUUCUCUCUCCCUCCUUCUUCCUUCCCUUUCUUCUAUCAAUGCAGGUGAUUGAAAGCCCAGUCUCAAUUCUCAUCUGCAACCAUAGACUUGCACAUAUUCAGUAUUUCUAAACUCAUAUGAAAGCUUCCAGUAGAACAAAGGGGUAAACAUUUGGAUGCCACUUGAUAGUAACUGAGAUUGAGGAGCCAAUUUCUUUCUCCAAUAGCUUCUUUCCUGGCAAGUAAGAAUGUCCAACCCAGCUUUCAUAAUUUUUAAAUCUCCAUUAUAGUUAUAACCAGUAAUUAGGUUUAGAAGGCCUCUCUGGUGUUCUCAUUUUGGUUUGCUUUGGCCUGUUCCUUUAUAUUAAUUUCUCCCCUAUUUUUGGCUGUAGUUUCUAGUUGCAAAGAUAUUUACAUAAAAGCUUCUUGACAGAGUUAAAAUACACACACAAAAAUUAUAUAAUGUAGAGGCCAAGAUACUAGUAAAAAUAGCAUCAAAUCUAGGUUUCCUGUUUCACCCUACUGAAUUUUUUUCCCUCUCAUUUUUCAUUCUUUAGCAUUUUAUUCUUCGCCAUAAAUGACUAUCUUUGAUGGACAGUGGUAAUCUUAAGAGUAGAAGGGAUGCUAAGAAACAGUUCUGUGUGGUUCAAAAAAACUACUGAUACUUUCAGGGGUGGUCCCAUGGGGAUCCAUGCAGUGGAAGAAACACUGGAUUGGGUACGUCUACAUGGAAGGUACUCAGAAAUGUAGUUUGCACUUAAGCUCUAACUUGAUUUGCUCUUUUUCUGAACUCCUCUUUGGAUUUUGAAUGAAGCAAUAUGGAAGCAACCAGCAGAUUAACUAAUUUAAAUACAUUUUUUAAAGGAUCUAAGAUAAAUACAGACUAUGGAAAUGCCAAACAAGCCAACUAGGACUUUGGAACAGUACCCAGGGAUUGUGGUGACAGGGCCAGCACAUUAUCUUCAUACUACAUGACAUUUGCUGUGUAAGGAAGUAUGUUAAGUUUGUACUCUCUGUGUGAAGGAAUGCAAGUUACCGUCUGGCUUGAAUUCCAUGGAAUUUCUAGUAUGAAACUCUGUUUAUAUUGAGUAGAAGGUAACUAAACUCUUCACACCUAAGUUGCUAUGAUUAAAAAUAAAACAUAAACAUUUGAAGCCUAUGAACAGCUCCACCAUUAAGUUAAAGGUUGUAAAUAAACAUGAAAACCCUUCUCAUGGAAUCAUUUUAUUACCCAGUACAUCACUCAUGUAAUAAGUUAUGUAAUGAUUCUUCAUAUACUACCAUAAGAUGUCCUGGUUAUAGAACCAUCUUUUUUAGGUUUCAUUUUAAAUAACACCUGUGACAUUAAGAUGAAUGAUGGAAAAAAUUAUAAAUGAAUCUCUAGUGAAUUUAGAUUUUUAAAUGUUUUUUUACUAUUAUUUUAUUAAGAGAAAAUUAGACUUACUAGCCUUAAAAAAAGUUCAAUUAGAUUAUAAAUCUUUUUGGUAAGACAGCAAGUGCUUAAGAGAGAAAAGUUUUCAAGAAUGCUGUGUUCCCACCUAUUUCAGAAAUGUAAAUCCAUCCAUCCAAAUCUAGAUUUAUUCAAUAGAUGUGAAUUUAAAGUCUACUAAAAGGGGGGAGCAGUAAGAUAAAUGAAAAAUCAUCUCUGACUUCAAAUUUUGUUUAGAUUUAUUUGCAGUGACAUUCUUAUUUCUCCAGGAGUCCAAGGAACCAGGUCACAUUAACUAUUUGUGAAUUAUUUCACAGAAAGGAUUUUGGUAAAUGUUCUGAAAACUCAUUGGGAUGUAAGUUAAAGAUCCUUUAUACUACUGAAGAUGACAAACUAAUCAGUUCUAUGUUCUCAUCCAGACACAGACUGGACCAGAAAAAUAUCGCAUCACUGGCAAACUGACAUAGCUGGAGUCUUACUGUGAAACCAGCAGCAAGAGGUGAUCUUUGGCCAAAACCCUUAAAUGUGUUGGUCUUGGCCUCUUCUUAAGCUAAGAGAAGUGAAGCAAACUGAAAGUGGGAGGUAGAGACAGGAGAAGAGUUUAUGAGAUCUUGCCUAUGAAGUUCACCAUGAAUUUACUCAAGAUGAAGACACAGCAUAAGACAAGGGCCCCAUCUUUAGAGCCCAAAGUCCCCCCAACCCAAUUCAGAAGCAUCUACAAGAAAAGGGACCUUCUAUAGGUCCCUCUCACCUUUGAAGAGUUGGAAGUAAGCCUCUGUCAGUAGAUAAAUGCCUACCCAUUCAUUACUGGCAGCACUCUUGGACUGCUGUAAUGAUCUUUUAUCUUCAUUUAUCAUAUUGGUUUGGCUUCUAGUGAGAGUAAGAAAACAGAAUCUUUUAAUUUGUAAAAGGAACAAGAUCAUCUCUGAACUGUUAAAGCAAUGGAAACAGAGUGAAUGCUAUCUCUUUCCUCCUUAAAAGCACAAGAUGCUCAGGUCCCCCUGGGGCUAGAUGCAGGUGAAACUGAGAAUGACCGCAAAUGCCAUUUUAUCAUUCCUUUUUAUGACUUUCUAAUAUAUGCUUAAUUUCAGUUGUUCUGGUCUUUCUUAUUUGUUUUAGUUUUGACCAUCUAUGGGGAAAUUUUUCAAGAGUGGGUUAAAGGGACAACAUGCAGGGAUAGCAGGGAGGCUUUUGUUUACACAGGAGAUAACUUGUUUAACCGAGUAAACUAGCAUCGAAUGUUGCUGGUUAAAGCCUACAAAUUGCUGUGGAACAUCAACUGCUAGUCAUCACCAGCACCAAUUAAGAUAUGCAGAAUCAAUUUGUAAGACUGAGUAAAAUUAAUGUUAAAAUUAAGCUUGCUAUAUUGUGUAAAUCAUCAAAGUGUAAUGAUCAUGCUUAUCUCGGGAAAUCCAAUUUUCAGGCAGGGUUUUUUUUUUUUUUUUUUUUUUUGUUUUUUUUUUGGUAAAAUAGUCAUUGAAAGAAAUCAUUCUUAAACAGAGGAGAAAAGAUGUCCUCUAAGUCAGGAGAGGUCCAGAGUCCUAGAAUGUUGCCACUCAGGCAAGGUUGAGAUAACAAACUAGUCCUGGUUUUCUGAGUUACAUUAGUAGCAUAUGUUAGAAUGUGGUUCUCUCUAGACACAUUCUUGAAACAGUGUGAAAACACACCAAAUUUUAAGCUAUUAAAAACACAAAACUAAAGGUCAAAGACUUACUAAGAGACUCAGUUUUGUAAGUCAGGAAGAAUGACUGACUGACUUUAACGAGAAAGAAGAAACAGGGAGCAGCUUCCAAGAGAGUCAUUGUCAUGUGCCAUACCUAUGAGAAUGGUACAUAUUGUCCAUGGUGGAAAAAGAACAGGAGAAGGACAUGAGGCUUUGACGAUAGAUGAAGUUGGUAGAUGAUCAGUGUGCUUCCCGAAGUGUCAAAACUAGAAAGAAAAAACAAGUUUUUAUGCCUGACACAGAAGAAUGUAAAUACAAGAUUCUUUUGAAUAGUCUAACCUUUAUUUUAAAAUGGGAAUUCUUUAUCCAUCUGUAAUUCUUGAUUUUUUAACUAGUAAAUGUAGUUCACAAGGUAAUAAUAAAAAAAGAUGACCACUAAAGCAUGUGUAUAACUGGAUACAAUCAUGACAAUGCCAUAAGACGUAGAAUUAGUUAGGUCAUCAAAUGUUAAAUGCUUUUAGGAUUAAGAAGAAAUCAAACUAGAAAAUUAAUCAUACAGUAUAAAAUAACAAAAUAAAAUUCAGACUAUGAAAGCAUAGGGUUGGUUUUGCAUAGUUAAUAAAACUAAGUUUGCCAUUUGAAAUGGUUGUUGGUUGGGUCUAGCAGAUAGUAGACAUAGUGUGGUUUCAAUUGUGAAAACUUGCUUUAUAGCACUAUGGUCCAUUUUUCUCUUGUUCUCCUAUUCCUUCACAUUUUAAGUGUGUUAAGUAUAAAGAGGAUACAGAAAGGGCUUGCUUUGUAGGCAUUAAAUUGAAUGCUUUAACAGGAAAAUAAACCACAUGUGAGGCUAAGAGAGCUUCCAAAUGAGUAAAGCAAAUGAAAAGGGUGUAGAUUACCUUUUGCGGAUGCAAACCAAAUAACAAAAUGAGUUAUCAUUUAGAAAGCAAACACAGCACAUUUAAUCUGUAACAUGUCUGUUCUUUUCCCAUGCUACCUUCUUGCCUACAUAAUUAAUAUGGAACCCACUACCAAUUUUUUCCUUCUUUUUUGAUUCAUGCUACAGCAAGAAUCUUAAACUACUAAAUGGGUGUUCUUUUGGACUCUAGAUUUUUAGAGGCAAAUGAGAAAUCCAAAAGCAGAUAGCUACUACCAAUUAGAAAGUCAGACAAGUCAAUUUCUACUGCAUAUGUAUACAAUAUAUAUAUAGAGAGAGAGAGACAGAGAGAGAGAGAGAGAAAGAUAUUCCACUCCUGCCUGCCUCUCUGGGGCUGGAGGACAUUCUUGUAUCAUAUAGGCAUAUCAAGGCAUGUGGAUGUCUCCUGCUAACCAUCUGCUGGAGAGCAAAUGACGUGAGAAGGUGAGUGGGAAUCAGGCAUAAUUUUAAAAGCUCAUUGACAGUUGAGACCUCCUUCUUGUUGACACUAAGAUGAGGCCAGCAUUUACAUGUCUGAAUAGAAUCAACACAAUAUUUCGAAUCUCAGAUAUGACUUUGAAUGAGCUUUCUCUGCUGUGAUGAACAGAAAGAUGUGGUCAUUGUAUGGGGUCAGGUGUCCUUGCACUUGUAAGUAUAAAACCUUCUAACAUCGGGGGCUGCUUUGUUCCUUUUAUCAAAUGAAAACAUCGUAAAAUAACAAGAAUUUGAGACUCUUUGCUGAUCAAGUCCCAAUGAUUGGGUAGACAACCGCAUAGAAUAUUUCUCUUGCGGACCCCUGCCUCACUUCACUCCUGGCCUAGAGAACAUUCACAUGCCUUCCACAGAUGAAAAUUUCUUGAAAGUCAGAUUUGCAAGCAAGUGACCACCUUGUCAGAAACAGAAAAUUGUAUUUUCCUCUGAGCCUUACAGGAAAAUGGCACCUUUGCUUUCUCAUCCCCCACUUGUGCAAUGCCUUUCUCCCUUUGAUUUUCAAUCACUGGCUCAAAGUGUCUUUCCCAAGGCUGUCGCUUUCUUAAGCCAUAGUGGUUCUAUGAAGACCUACAUACUCUUCUGUGAAAUACUGACCUAGCCUUUGCCCUCAAAUGCCUGAUUUUUCCACUAAAAUAUUCAACCAUACUAGAUGGUAUUUAAAUUACUUCUCAAACAAAAGACAGCACAAAAAUUAUUCAGGAUAUAAAAAUUGUUUUUCCAUGCCAAUUGAUUCUCUCACUGUGGACUUCUCUGUAGGAAUUUGAGGUAAUUUAGCUCUGUAAUGAAUCUUAAGACUCACAUUGUGUGUACAUGCACUUCUAGAACUCACAAUUACUCUUUCCAUGAAAACUAUAUACAGUAGAUAUAGUUUUUAUGUAUAUAUAUGUAUAAAACUAAGUUAUUGCUGCCAACUAACUUAUUUACUUUGAUUAUCUUAUUUUAUUCCUGAUUAUAAAUAUUUUGCAGCUGCUAGAUUUUCUUUUCCAAAUGAAGAUUUUUAUUGUCAGAGAAGUAGAGGCAAUUCACCUUUAAGAACCUCCUCUUACUUUUGUUGAACACCUAUCCAUCUAAAAAAUUUAUAAUAAGCACCGUUUCACUGUAAUGAAAGUCCAUGCUGACUGACAGAAUUCUACUGUCUAUACAAGGAAAUUUUUCUUUUAAUGCUUUAGUGUGUUUUCUCCCAUGUCACAAACAAAGUGUUUAUAUUUGUAUAGAUACACAAAUACAGGAAAACAAGAUUUCAUACCUUUAGGCAAUAGUUCAAUUUGUCCAAACCACUUUGUCUUUAUUGCUAUUUUUAUCUCUAAUGUGUUGAUGUUUCCCCAGGCCUGUUGCCCAUUUGAAGAAUAGCAAACCACACCUAUUGACAUGAACCUGACCUUCAAGUUUCAUUUCCAGUGUUUUUCAGUUAAUGGAGGGGUUGUACCAUUUUCCUUAGGUGAGAGUCAUAUCCCUGUAUAGUUCUGGAUCUCUCAGGGGCUGGGAGUGGGGAGUGAGAGAACAGCAACCAUAGCACUCCAAGAACCCUUUUGGAAUUAUUCCAGUAAUCAGCUAUGAAAGUAAUUUUCUAAAUGUAGAUAUAUGUAAGUCGUUCUUUUAAAGUAAGGUACUUUGAAAUAUGUAGCAUAAACUGGUACUGCUGUUAAAUGGGUCGACUAUUAAACUGAGCAGCUGUGCAAGGCCAGCUAACUUUGAAUGCGCACCUUACUUGCCGACUUGUGUCCACCUCAUCAUGUGAGCACCAAGGCUGCAUCAGUGCACACUGGGAGUGCGAUUUCACAUGCUCUGGCUGCUUGGUCCAUCUCCAUCUGAGUAUCAUUAGAACAAGAUAAAAUGUAAAUGAGAUUCAUGUUCAAGACAAUUCAUGGCACACACGUGAAACUAGGUCACAUCAAGUCUCUCAAAAUUCAUCUCAUGCACACAACAGUAGUUGACUAAGAGAGUUUGGGUGAUAAAGGAAACAAUUUGCAGAAAAGGCAGAGCUGCAUUCAUUUCCUUAUUUUCUUGACUUGUAAACAGAAAAUGAGCCCUCUUUCAUCCGAAGAAUCAUCAAAGGACAGGGCUGAAACAAUAACUCACUGGUAGCCAUCAAUGUUUCAUUUAAAUCCCAGCAUUCAAAGUUAGCUGCCUUUUUGAAAUAAACAAACAAAAUAUACUACUGUAUGUUUGAAAAUGUGAAUAGUAUUUUUAUAGCUUGUUAAAGACAUGGCUAGCUGCAUUUGUAAAUAAGGAUAAUGUUGCUUUGAUUUUCUUCUGUGAACAUCUUUAUUUGGAACAUAAUUGUCUUUAGGGUUGAUUUGUAUAUAAGUAAUUGGCUUGUGAUUGUUUCUUUUUUGGUUGGAAGUUAUCAUUUUGACAUUAUCUGUGAUUCUGUGUUCAGCACUAUUGUGAUGUGUCCAACCUCUGCACUCGCUUACACAAUAGGAUAUGCCGAUUGUGUGUGGUGAAAUGUUAUUUUCAUUUUUUUCUAUGUUAUCUAUGAAGGAUUGUGCACUUAACACAUACUAACUUUUUUAAUGUUAGGUAUAUUUUUAGUAUAAUUUUCCUAUUCUUUCUUCUCCUCCAGCCCUUCAACCUCUUCUCCCUCCUUUCCCUGUCUUCUGUUGUUAUUGAGGCCAAGGGAGAAACUGUAUUUUAAAUUGAUGUAAUUAGGCUUUUUGAGUUAGUUCUCAAGGAUCCUCUUUUGACUCUUGGGAAAGAACUGUGCCUGCACAAGGCAAGUAUAGAACGUGACUGCUUUGCCUCAUUCCAUACUGAUCAUCCCAGCUGAACAAUUUGAAAACUGUUCUGCCUUUUUGUUACAUGAA